GAUUGCUACGGCGAACUUUCGUCUCCAUGACAAUAACGGACGCAUGUCAAAACAGUAUCGAUUAAUUUUAAUUCUGCCAGAACGUGGAAAGAGAAACAUGGGGUUCGGGACUGAUUGGAAGUGGUUAUAAGGGUGGAUAGUGAUCUCAAGCUUCGUCCCCCUGCGAGAUCUAGUAGCUUGUUUUUAUAUUCAACAUGACCGACACCAGCCCUAGAUCUGAAAACGUCAAAGUUGUCGUAAGAGUCAGACCACUUAGCGAAUCGGAGAAAACUGCCGGUUACAAAAAUGUUGUCAAAGUUGAUUCAGUCAAUAAUAGUAUCAUUCUCCGGCAACAGCCAAAUAGUGGCAAUAGCGCUAACCAAUCGUACAGCAAUGUGGAUAGAAGCUUUGUGUUCGACUCUGUGUUUGAUCAAGAAUCGUCUCAGAUGGAAGUCUACAACCAAGCAGCCCGGCCUAUAGUCCAGAAUGUCUUGGAGGGCUACAACGGUACCAUCUUUGCGUAUGGACAAACAGGAACAGGAAAGACUUUCACAAUGGAAGGCAAUCCUCAGGCCCCUGAAUUGAGAGGAAUCAUUCCAAAUUCUUUUGCACACAUAUUUGGUCAUAUUGCUAAAGAAUCAGAGAGAAAAAAGUUCUUGGUUCGUGUCUCUUAUUUGGAAAUCUACAACGAAGAAGUCAGAGAUUUGCUUAGUAAGAAUCAAAGUGUUCACCUGGAAAUCAAAGAGCGACCCGACGUUGGCGUGUAUGUCAAAGACCUGUCGACGUAUGUUGUGAACAACGCAGAAGACAUGGAACGAAUUAUGACGAUGGGCAAUAAGAAUCGCUCAGUAGGUGCUACGCAGAUGAACAUCCAUUCUUCACGUUCUCACGCCAUUUUCACUGUUGCAGUCGAAUGCAGUGAAAAAGCAAUCGAUGGAAACAGUACUCUUCAUGUUGGGCGACUCAAUCUAGUGGAUUUGGCUGGAAGUGAAAGACAAACAAAGAGUGGUGCAUCAGGCCUCCGUCUGCGAGAGGCUUCCAAGAUCAAUUGGUCCCUUUCCACACUCGGAAACGUAAUUUCGUCUUUGGCUGACGGCAAGGCUUCACACGUUCCAUACCGUAAUUCGAAAUUGACUAGGCUGUUACAAGAUUCUCUCGGUGGCAACGCCAAAACGCUUAUGUGUGCCAAUGUCGGACCGGCGUCUUUCAACUAUGAUGAAACUUUGAACACACUUCGUUAUGCAAGCCGGGCCAAAAAUAUUCGAAACAAAGCCCGUAUCAACGAAGAUCCAAAAGAUGCGUUGCUCAAACAAUUUCAGAGGGAGAUCGAGGAGCUUCGCCGUCAGUUGGAAGAAGUGGGCAGUGCUAGUUCUGAUGAAAGUGGCGACGAAAACUACGAACUGCGCAAAGACAAGAAGCGGAAACCCCGAACAGAGAGUGAAAGAGCAGCCGUUAAGGCAAAAAUUGAUGAAGAGCGACGAUUGGUGAUGGAAAGCAGCCAACUGGCAGAAGAAGAGCGUAAGCAAGUAGCGCAAACAUUGGCGGAACAGGAAAAAGAACUCCAAACUGCAGCGGAAGAGGAAAUGCGUCUCAGACAAAAAUUAGCUUCAUUGGAGAGCAAAGUCAUCGUAGGAGGUGAAAAUCUACUGGAUCGAGUGGAACAACAAGCUAGUCUGCUGGAAGAGGCGAGAAAAGAAUUGGAAAUACGAAAGGCCAAAGAAGAUUUAUUACGUCAGCAGCUGCAAGAGAAAGAAGCCGAGCGCAUUGACAUGGAAGAACGUUAUAGCUCGUUGCAGGAAGAAGUACAAGGUAAGACGCGCAAGCUUCGCAAAGUUUGGACGUUGCUGCAUUCGUCCAAGAGCGAAAUCGAAGACAUGCGACAAGAACAUCAAACGCAAAUGGAACAGCUACUCGAAGGUGUGCGUCAGCUUUCUAAAGAAUUGAAGCUGUCUACUUUGAUCGUCGAUCAAUACAUUCCGGCUCCUUAUCAGCAAAUCAUCGAGCAACAUGUGAACUGGAGUGAGGAGUACGGUGAAUGGCAGCUGAGAGGCGUGGCUUACGCUGGCAAUAACAUUAAUCAGUACAAUUCUCCACGCCGCUCUGCUCGUUCUACAUACAGGCCCGAACUGGAUCUUAGCUACGUGUAUCUCUCCUAUGAUGACAUCAUUGGUUUAUCUGAUCCCGUGCGACCAAAAUCAGCGAAAAUGAAAUCGCGAUCGGCAACCAGUGCUCGUCUUACAAGCAAAGGGGGGCGAGCUCCCUCAGCUCAACGAACAAAGUAAACUUCAACGGAAUACUCCCUAGUCAACAAACGCACGUAAACGUACCAUUGUAUAAUUUAAUAAUUCCAACUUUUGGAUGCCCCAACCACCUAAAUAAAAAGGAUUUAAUUCCUAAAUGUGUGGUAAAGCAAUCUAUUCUGCUUUAAGUGACAGCUUUUUGAUGAAGUGCAAGGCCAUCAUUUGUUUACACGGUGGCUGAAAGUAAAACAAUAUAUUACAGGUCUCGCCACCUGUCACAACACUCAUUUUUGUCUAUCGCGCUUAUCAAAAGCAACAGUCAUUGUGAUAACAAGGAUGUUGCUGGAAGCGUCCAAUUGGCAGAGGAAUUCUUAAUUAAAGUAGAUUUCCAACGACGCAGUGACGAAGAAUGGUUACAUCAGUUCGACUAACAUGACUGUUAAAAUUGUUGCAUAAUAUUGUGUACGACUUACGUAUGAAUUUGAAAGGAAAUAUCUCGUUUGAACUGUAUUGGCAGUCAACCAAUCAGCAGUUGGCUUAUGCAAUGUUGGUUGACGUCAUGGGUGCUAAACAGCAACCUCUAUCAAGCUUUUGCUUCCAUUAUGGCCGACAUUCUAUAGCUGGCUUUCAAGGAUUCACAUAGCACAGAACGAGCACGUUGCGUAGAAUUUACUUUGUUUUUUCACUUUGAUUCUUUUUAGUCCAGUAAAGUUUUGAUUACUCGGCCGUCAUCUUAACAACGGAUUAAUCGAGAAAGUGUUGCGAGUUCAAACGUUUCUCAUUCGCCUUUUCAAAAGUAAAGGAAUGGGUAUAUCACUGAAAAAUUCACGUUUAAUUCUACCGAACAAGAACCCUAAAUUGGCUGCAUUUACCAACUGUCAUUGUGGCCAUUUUGGUCAUUACUCACAACAUAGAACCCUAUUCGCUUGUUUAUCUGUUACAGAAGAACCGUGGCAUUCUGAGAAGCAAAACAUCUUGAAGCAAAGCAGCAAUGUCUGUUAAAUCAAUGAUGGGUUACAUUAGAGGGUCUGAAGAUUGUUACAGAACACCUGCAUCGAGUGACUUGAUACCCUUCAAUAAGAUGACCAGUAUGCCGUCUGCCAGCAACUGUGUUAUGUUGGACAACUAUCCAAUCCAGAUAAAAAAGGAGAUAGAACAAUUUCCAGGCACCAAGUUUUUUCAGCCACCACGCUUUCUAGUGGGCGGUUAUGUGGGCAGUAAAAUUUGUGACAAAAAUGGGUCAGUUAACUAUUCAGAUCUGCUUGGACAUAUAUUUGCUACAGUGACGUCUUUAACACCCAUUCCUACUCAGAGGAAAACAUAUGAUGAAGGAAAUUGGCGGAAAAGGCCUAUGCCAGCUCCUAAAAGUUGUCCCAGAGUGGUAACAGCAAUCAACAGUGAAAUUCUCGCUCCCAGCGUAGUGAUAUCCUCCCCCGCAGUGACGCAACAAACAAUUUUACCCAUUUCGCCACCUAUAAAACCUACGCCUCCAGAAAACAAACUUAGCCCUUGUCGGACAGCGAGCGAAAGCUCGGAUACUAGCUGGGCAAGUGUUAAUCCAGAAGAAAAUCGAGAUGUGCUCUUCUCUAACCCGUGGCUGAGCAACAUCGUUGUUUGUGUUAGUGACAGCGAUGACGCAGACGACUCUACUUCGGACUGGGACGACGUUGAAGAUUUCCAAAGCGAAAACGGCGAAGUUAUUAGUGACUUUAAAUGGAAUGGUGACUCACUGUCUCCCAUAUCGUCACCCGUUAGUCGGACGCCCCCGACUCCAGCCGCUGCCUUAGACGACUACGAUAGCGAUGAGAGUGAUGGUGUGUUGAUUUCUUGUGGUCACGGGUAUUUUGUCGACGAGGAAGAAGAAGCCAGAGAACGCAAAUUGGCGGAGGAGCGCAUUCACGAUGCCAACAGCAGAUGGAACCAGCAAAUGUCUGCAGAUGUCGACCAAAUUGACGGAAUUCGAAAAAAGACGCCGUCUAAGCAGGUUCAUUUCCCUGCCGACCAUCAACUUACUCGUGUGCGUCCGAUGCUGACCUGGACUCACGCUCAUCGCGCUGCCCGUAGAGGCGAUUGGGAACGGUUUGCCCGCGAUGCAGACCGAUUCCGGGAAAGAAUCGACUCUACUGCUGCCAUCCUAACUCCUAUCCUAGAUCCGUUACAUCGCGAUCGCAUCCGCCAGAGAAAUUUAAAAUAUGAUAUCCAAUCGGAAACAAUUUGAAAUGAUUGCGGGCGUAGUAAGGUAUUUUUCCGCGACGUAAACAACGUUCCUGUACAGUUCUUUUUUGUGAGCAGGAAAGAAAAUGCAAAUUCUGUAUUACUAUGUGUAGGACAAUUUUUGAAGGUAAUUUUGUUCCCUGCAAAAAAAUUUUAAUGUUUCUACACUACUUUAAAUCUACUAUAGAACGCAAAACAAGAAAACACGUGUUAUGAUUCUUUCUUGGCCUUCCGAACCUAGCUUCUGUAAUAGAAAUCAAGUAUGUUUCGCAUAGAACAAACGAUUGUUAUAUUCAUUUCAAAAUAUAUCACAUUGGGUCAAAUAAUUCAACCUUGACCUCUAUGGUUCUUAUCUUUCAGAUUGUGGCAUCCUCCCAGACACUUGUCAAAGGGUCUCGAUUUCGAGACUCACAACUUGCUCGAAUUUAAGACCCAGAAAAAAGGCGGUUCUUUUUCGAUUGGACCGUUAUUGACAAAAAAAAAGACA